AUGCCCUUCUCAACAGACAUCACCAAUACCCUAAACGCUGAAGAUGUUAUCCCAGACAUCCUGCCUACAGGCACCAUAAUACGCCACAAUCUGAAGGUCUCAUUUCCGAAAGCUAAACUCGACAGACCCGGACAGAUGAUUGCUGUCAAUGAUACACAACCGAAGCCCACUGUCUUUGUGGAUCCACCUAUCGAAGCGGAUACAUUGCAGGAUAUCUAUACGCUUAUGAUGGUUGACCCGGAUCUCACCCACCGGCAUGACACUCGGUUCGGACAAGUUAGGCACUGGCUUGUAACCAAUUGCUCGGUGAGCAGUGCUGGGGAAAUAAUCGAUCUAAAAGCCAGAACUCUCUCGCCCUGGAUUGGACCGGCGCCUAUACCGGCGCAUCAUAUAGCUGAAAAACCGCAUCCAUCGCGCUACACCUUCAUUCUAUGCAAAACUAAAUCCGCUCCCUCCGAAAAGGAUACUAGGAGAGCCAAAUUAGAUGACAGCAUACUGCAAGAUCAAUACGAGGGACUAGCCAGUGAGCUUGGAAGCCCAUCCCAGGACCUCUUUGACCGGAGUAAAUUCAAUGCGCAGCAAUUUAUCCAGGCAAAUAAUUUGGAGGUUGUCGCUGCAACGUUCAUGCUCGUUGAAGGGGAUAUUACAAGCGGUGUGAGGAGCGCCGGGUUAGUGGCAAAUGCUGCUGGAAAUAAAAUUGUGGGUAUGGGACGAGAUAGCUGUCCUGUUGGAAGCAGUUAUUGA